AUGGUCACUUUAGGCAGUAGAGUUUGGUGCCGUGUGGAGAAGACUUGUCGGCACUUGCCCAUCGUGCUAAACACGGUGCUGGUCUUCUCAAUCACGGCCGAGGUCAGCUAUCUGGUUGUGGUCGAGGCCCCGCUUGAGCCAGAGCUGAAGAAGUCCGACUGGUCGUCCACCUGGAAGAGCAUCCAUCUCUUCGCCCAGUACUUCAUGCUGGUCAACAUAACGUGGAACGCCUGGCUGUUUCUCAAGACUAACCCCAGUAUUCGAGGAGUGUUUUUUGGCGGGGAUAUGGUGGGUCAGGGAUGGAGGUACUGUUACACGUGUGAGACACACACACCUCCACGGUGUUCACACUGCUACGACUGCAAUGUGUGUGUGCUGCGGCGAGACCACCACUGUGUGUUCUUCGGCCAGUGUGUAGGUUUCCGUAAUUACCGUUACUUUCUGAGCUGCCUGUUCUUCAUGUGGGCCGGUCUGCUGUAUGCCGUGGUAAUGAAUGCUGAGGUCUUCAUCGUUAUCUUGAAGGAAGGUGUCACCUUUCACAGUUUCAUGCUUCUCUUGGUUCCCUGGAUUAUGCUGGUCACUGGUCAAGUGACAGCGCAGGCCUUUGCCUUCGCUUUCAUUGCCGACACCUGCGUGAUAGGCUUCCUGCUGGUCUCAGCCUUCCUCUUUUUCCAUGUGGGGCUGAUGGUGAGAGGGCAGACCACGAGGGAGUGGUACUCCGCCCGCCGGCCCUACAGCCUUGGCAUACUGGCCAACAUUCGGGAAUGCCUUGGUGAGCACUGGUUCCUCUGCUGGAUCUGCCCGCUCAUCCCCUCUGUGCUGCCUGGAGAUGGCAUCCACUUUAAGGUCACAGGCUCCCUGGAGCCAGUGCGGUGAUAACUGUAUGCAACUGAAUGUUUUUCCUGUGGUAAUAUGAAGCCAGAGCUACUGUAAUGUUUCCAGAUGAGAGUGAGAUUAUCUGAUUUGAAGCACUGAUUUAGCUGAAGGAGCACUGAGGCAGUGGAGGCUUGGAACAAUUACCAGCUGUCUUUGCCUGUUGGGUACCAGCAGGAGAUUGCCUUUUUAGUUGACAGGUUAAUUUGUAUCAUUGUUUUAGACAAAAAGGGACAGAGCUGUUGAUCAUGACUGAUUUUCGGUUGGCCUUGAUAUAUAAUGUACUGUAUGUAUGUGGUGCGGUUAUUCCAUUAAAGGUAUUUAGGUUGUUCCAGUGCACUAUAAUCAUGUCUUUUGUUAAACCAAAUGGAUGUUAUUGUGAUUGAGGAGGUUUUAGUUUGGAUGUGUUAUUUUUUAUUUCCUGUACUUGCAUUUUUAUAUUUUAAUCACUCAGUUAUGUGCCAAAUAACACUGAAACACACAAGCCAAGGUGUAACUAAUACUUUUGAGUUAAUAAAAAGUUUGACUUUAAACCCAAA